AUGCACCGGCAGGGAUCGUCUCCGAUCACGCCUUCAAGCUUUAGCGCCGCCGUUUAUACCGCUGCCGAUGUAUCUGCUGGACUGAGCAAGUCUCCUUUGUCUCAUCCGAUUACAGUGACGCCGAUUUCCGCCGCUUACCCGUCCGGUGAUCCUUUGCCGACGAUGCCCGGGAGUCCCCUUGCUAGGGUUCGAUUAUCUGAAAUUCUGCCUUAUGAAGGUGCUCCUUCUCCGGCCUACGGAAAAGCCGUUGAGGCUCUGUCUGUGUCUCUGAUGAGGUAUAAUGCCUCCGUGAUCGAGCUCGGGAGCCAUGACGCCGCUCUGAUGCGAUGUGGCCUUGAAGCUGCUCGUUUGUACUUCAGAACGAGAACCCUUAACGUCUCUGGCAAAGGCAGUCGUGGACUCUCUAUGUACAGAGCCGGAAGAUCUGUUGAAGAUUUAGACUCGUCGCCUCCAUGCAUGGCUGAGAUUUUCCGGUGCUUGGGUAAAGUAGCACGAGCGGCUUUAUCAGCUGUAGCAAGGCAUCUACGUCUAAGAAGCGAUGUUUUUAACCAUAUGCUCGACGACUUCCCACUAGCUCCUAACGAGGUUUCCUCGUCUGUGCUGUUGGCUUCCUAUGCUCCUGCAUCGAUCCAAAAUGGAAAACCUGCUCCUGGAGGUGGGAAUCUAUCCGCUAAUGUUGAAAUUGAGAAGGGUUUGUUGACACUCUUCUGCUCAGAUGGCACUGGCGUUCAGGUAUGUGACCCAAAUGGUCGUUGGUACGUAGCAGAUAAUGGAUGUGGGGUUGGUGAUCUCUUACUGAUUACUGGCAAAGCGCUUAGUCAUGCUACUGCAGGUCUCCGUCCGGCUGCCUCCUAUAGAGCUACUGCUGAUCAUUUGUCUGGUGACACUCGCGGAAGGGCAUCACUAGCCUUUAGGCUUAUGCCGAAAAGUAGCGCUAUAUUAGAUUGUUCCCCAAUAGAAGCAGCUGGCCAUGUAAUUCCUCAUAGCUAUGUGCCAGUAUCUGUCAGUCAAUUUAUGGAUAACCUCUUGGCCGAGAAUGACACUCUAGUUAGUCCGCCUGUGAAGACCAAUUUCUAUGCCAAUACUACCCAAAUCUAUCUUUUACCUUUGACAUUUGGAAUAGAAAUGGAUAUUGAGGAAAGGAAUUUGAAAAAUCAUAUUCACGGAGCACACGGUCUUAUGUCAAGAGAUCUUCUUCUGAAUUGUGGAUAUCAGGUUUCACGGGAUGAUGUUUGCAAAGAGCCUUCCUUAAGAAGUGUUCUGUCGGAUCCAAUUUCUGGUGCUUUUCUUGAAGAUGCAAUGGUUGUCUCUUGUGGACACUCAUUUGGUGGCCUCAUGCUUGGAAGGGUCCUUGAAAUGUCUAGAUGUACGCUCUGCCAUGCAGAAAUCGAGCCUGGGUCUCUGGUCCCAAACCAUGCUCUUAGAGCUGCCGCUUCAGCUAUAAAACAACAGGACGAUAAAAGACUUUUCCACAACGCAGCAAUGCGGAGGCGUAGAAAAGAAAUGAGUGAUCAAAUGGAUGUGGAAAAUGGAGAUCCAGCUACGGAUGAUGGAUUGCAGCGAGUGGUGCAUUAUCCAUUUGCUGUUAACGAGAAAGUGCUUAUCAAGGGAAACCGGAGAACGCCGGAAAAGUUUGUGGGAAAAGAAGCAAUCGUGACAUCUCAAUGUCUCAAUGGCUGGUAUCUAUUAAAGAUUGUCGAAAGUGGAGACAACGUGCGGCUGCAAUACCGAUCCCUGAAAAAAAUGACGAACGAUGACAGAGGAGGAAGUCUUCAACUUCAACCGGUUGAGAGCAAUAGCUUGUAG